GCCUCAAGCUGACGGGCCGCAGCCGUGCGCUUUGGCAUUGCUCGAGGAAAUGCUUCUCCAGCUUCAGGAGUGUUCGGACAAAGCUCUCAGGCACGUGGUGGGAUUGUUGAGGGUGUCCUGUGUAGGGCCAUCGGUUGGACUCGAUGACCUUGUGUGUCUCACUGAGGACAUUCUGUGAUUCUCUGUGCUUGACCCAAAUGAGUACGAUGAGAAGAAUCCCGCUCUUGUAUCAGAUGAGAGUUUUGGCUUCCUUUGGGCCUAACUUUCACCCAGCAUCAUAAAAUUUCACAAGAAUGACACUUGUGCAGCUAUUUUUACUGGCCUUUUAAAGCCAAUUCUCAUUUCUGUUAGUAGGAAUUAGUCCUGACACUUUCUGGUCAGUGUGACCUUGCUUCCCAGUGAAGUGCUGAUUUUGUUCCACUGUCAAAUUAAUUACAAACAGGAGAUAGUUCAUAGGGAUUAAUUAGGGCAUGGAUAUAGUGUAUGGAUUCUGGAGCAACAGUUGGUACCACCAGGUUCUGAUUUUUCAUUGGGUGUUUGUUUGGUAUUUGGAAAUGAAAGGGAGAACAAAACCAUUCUAUCUGACAGACCGUUGAUUGUUGUUAUUAUUUCCAUAUCUCCUGCCUGCUCUAAGUCAAGGAUAAUUGGUUAAGAAAAACCCCAAACUGUCCCUUCCUGUUAGAAAUCUGUGUUUCGGGGAUGUUCAAUGAACCAGCUGUCAGUGCAGUUACCAAACAUUCCGUUCUUCAGGUCAUUUAAGGCAGAAAGUUGUUGUUUUCUGUCAAGACUCGUGUUUAGGAAAACGCAAGGUGCCCUUCUCUGUAUUUUUGGUACUUUCCAAGUCUGUUCCAAAGUUGUGCUUGUGCUUUCCUGAGAGAACAGGUCAGCUCGGCGCUGGGAAGCAGGAGAGGUAAGGAGUUUUAAAAGGGAAUUUGAGCCUUACUGUGCCAUUUGACUCGGAGGGAAAGUCCUGGAUUUGCAGCAGUGCUUGCAUUGACUCCGGCACUUCCGCAGCUCUGGGGAGCAGCGGGGACGGAGCUCUGCGGUCACUGGUGGCUCUGCAGGGCUCAGUGGGGGUGGGCUGAGCUGUCCCACAUUUUGGUGUCUGGCGAAUGCCAGAGCUCCAGCGAGGGGCUGGUCCUCAGUGACCCCGAGCUGCAGCAGUUGCGGUGCUGGGCUCUCCCCGUGGCAGCCGGCGCUGGCCGGAGCUCUGACCAUGUCUGCGGGCACCGAGGAGGCCAGGCAUUUUCCCCAUCCCUCAGCUGGUUUUGAGCCUCCUGUGUCCACUCUCUGAUGUUGGAGCAAGUGCUGAAGGAUGCGGCCGCAGGCGCCCGGGGCUGUCUCGCUAACAAGGAGCAGAUUCCUCAAAAGCCUGCGGAGGAGACGUAGGAUCUUCAAGCAAAUUCUGGCAGCUGGAUCCCGAUAGCAGAUAAACUCAUUUGACCACCAUGAGUUGGAGUUUUCUGACCCGCCUGUUAGAGGAGAUCCAGAACCACUCAACCUUUGUUGGCAAAAUCUGGCUGACAGUGUUGAUUGUGUUUCGGAUUGUCCUAAUUGCUGUGGGAGGAGAAUCCAUUUAUUAUGAUGAACAGAGCAAGUUUGUGUGCAACACGGAGCAGCCUGGCUGCGAGAACGUCUGCUACGACUCCUUCGCCCCUCUCUCGCACGUCAGGUUCUGGGUGUUCCAGAUCAUUCUCGUGGCCACUCCCUCGGUGCUGUACUUAGGCUACGCCAUCCAUAAAAUCGCCCGGAUGGUGGAGCACAGCGAAGCCAGCAGGAGAGCCAGGAGGAGGAGCUUGCCCAUCCGCUGGAAACAGCACCGGGGCUUGGAGGAAGCUGAGGGUGACCAUGAGGAAGACCCGAUGAUGUACCCGGAGAUAGAGGUGGAGAGCGUCAGGGAGAGUAAAGAGAAGCAGAGCCCUGCCAAAGCCAAGCACGACAGCCGGCGGCAGAUCCGGGAGGACGGGCUCAUGAGGAUUUAUGUCCUGCAGCUCCUGGCCAGGGCCCUGUUUGAGGUUGGCUUCCUGGUGGGGCAGUAUUUCCUGUACGGCUUCCAGGUGAGCCCCGUGUUUGUGUGCAGCAGGAAGCCCUGCCCGCACAACGUCGAUUGUUUCAUUUCCAGGCCAACCGAAAAAACCAUUUUCCUGCUCAUAAUGUACGGGGUGAGCUGCAUGUGUCUGCUCCUCAAUGUCUGGGAGAUGCUGCACUUGGGGUUUGGCACCAUCCGGGACACGCUGAAUGCCAAGAAGAAGGAGCUGGUUGACUCUGGGACCUUUAACUACCCCUUCACCUGGAACACGCCCUCGGCUCCCCCGGGCUACAACAUCGCGCUGAAGCCGGAGCAGAUGCAGUGCACGGAGCUGUCCAACGCCAAGAUGGCCUACAAGCAGAACAAAGCCAACAUAGCUCAGGAACAGCAGUAUGGCAGCAACGAAGGGAACAUUCCUGCCGACCUGGAGAUCCUGCAGAGGGAAAUCAAAGUGGCUCAGGACCGCCUGGACCUUGCUAUCCAGGCUUACAACAACCAAAACAACCCCAGCAGUUCCAGAGGGAAGAAAUCCAAAGCGGGCUCAAACAAAAGCAGUGCCAGUAGCAAGUCAGGAGAUGGGAAGAACUCAGUCUGGAUUUAACGUUGGCUCGGUUGAUAUGUUGUAGUUUUUUCUCCUAGUUUAUCAUAACCAGCAGUCCCAUGAAUAAUGGCUUCCACUAAGGGAAUAUUUGACUCUGCUGAUUUUCAGGGAUACCGUUGGCUCGUGAUUCAGCCCCUGGAAAGGGUUUAUACACUGACUCUAGGACUUUAGAACUUUAUUCUUUUGUCUUCCAAGUCAGGAGACAAAUAGGUAUAUUUAAUUCAUUCUCAUUGAACGGUUUAUGCUGUAUGUACAGUACUAUAGUACAUUUAUUAUGCACAAUUUUUUUUGUAUUUGUACACUGGAUCUGAUGUUACACUUUUUAUAUCAACAAGGACAAAGCAAUGGGUAGCCAUUAGCAUUUUGUUAAUUUUAUUAUUGUUGUCUGCAGUUACGUCAUUGUUCUUCCUUGUUUUCCAAGUAAAACUUUUUAUAAAACUUUUCUAUGCUGCGUUUCCAAAGUGCCUUGAACAUGCAGAAGUGGAGUCUGGGCAGCUCAUGGGUGCAAAUCGUGAGCGGGGAAAGAUUUGGGAAACCUCUGCCAAUGGUGCUCCUGACUCUGUCCUUUACUAAAUUAAUGUGCUGCUUGCAGCCUGGAAGUGUCAUCCCAUAAUCUCCUGUGUCCUACAGGCUCUGUCCUAUAUGGAAAAUGCUUACAGGAAAAAUGUGUGUGUGUGGUGUGUGUGUGUGUUGGGAGCAGGGCUGUCAGUUGUGGGGCAGAGAGGGCUCAGGACUCCCCUCACCUUGUGCAACAGGAGGGAGGAGACAUUUCAAACUCCUGCAAAAUAUCCAGAAAAUGAAAUAGAAGUGACUGGAUUCAGUGACUCCGUGUGCUUCUGUGAGAGCCAUGGGAAGUGUGAGGGCUCUGUUGUGUAACACCCUGUGCCCAAGGGCAGGCAGUGCUACCUUUUGGGGAGGAUUCCUGUGCUUUCCAAACGAAUGGGGUGAGAUGGAGUCACGGUAACUCUGUCUGACUGUGGAAUCCCCUCCCUCUCCUGCUGCCAGCACACACGAGCUGUCUGCAGGAGGCUGAGCCCUCGCGAAUAUCAAUGAUUCUGCCUUAUUCCAGAGCCCUCUUCCUUCCGUUCUGUGCGAGGAGUUCAGUUCAGACACAGCAAUAUGUAUGAUUUAGCUUUCUGCUUGAGAGACCAGUCCGAUCUGGCAUUCUGUGGGUUUGGCAUUAAACUUGAAUUUACAAUUAGCAGAAGGGGAGUGAGGGACUGAUGCCUUUGGCUCUGUCUUUCUGGCAAGGAGCCGGCUCGGCUUGGAGAGACGCUGAUAAAUGUCUCUGCUUUCUGCUGCUAUUUAUAAGGGAUUCGGGACCUUGCUCUGCUCCCUUUAUUUUUUUUCAGGUUUCCAUGCAUUUUAAUGUCUUUCUGGGGCCUGAUUCAAGCAGGACUGUUCUCUUUCAAGGCUACCUCAGUCCCUUGUCAGAGCAGGGUCAGGAGCAGGAUUUAGAGAACCAUUGAAUCCCAGAAUGAUUUGGGUGGGAAGGGGCCUUAAAGAGCAUCUCAUUCCAUGGGCAAGGAUUCCUUCCACUGCCCCAGGGUGCUCCCAGGCCCUGUCCAGCCUGGCCUUGGGCACCUCCAGGGAUCCAGGGGCAGCCACAGCUUCUCUGGGCAGCCUGGGAGGAGUGAGGGAUGAGGAGUGAGGCUCCAUGGAGGACACAGAUAAAUCCCUGCCCUAUUCCUGUCCCUCAGAACAUCCAGGUACAGUCUCCCCAUUAAAUUUGCUCUGAGGGGACAUGAUCAUGUCCUCGCUGUUCCCCUCUGCCCGAGCACUUCUGUAAAUGAGUGUUGUGCUGAGUUGUUUUGGUCUGUUUUCCCUCUGGGACACCAGGCAGGCCAGGCAUGGGUCCAGACUAUCCCUGAGCAACCUGGAGAGGCUUUGCUGUGUCCAGAGCCAGCACAGCCCCUGUGUGAGCCCCUCUGGAGCUGUGGGGACUCUGGGAAGGGAAUUGCCCCCCUGGCCUUUGGCUCUGACCCCUGGCUGCUCUGGAGGAGUGCCAGGGUGGUGCCUCAGGAAGUGUGAGUGACCCAGGACGUGUUGUGCAAGUGGAUGGGGCAGGGAUGGGCUGGGGCUGGCUCUGUGCUCCAGGGACAUUCAGCAGGAGCUCCUCAUUAACCAGUGACCUGAAGAAAGUCACAGGGAUGGGCAAGGGCACUGCCAGAGCGAGCUGAGUGUGGUUGGGAAGCUGGGUGGAAAACGUCUCAAAGUGUGAGGGAGAGACCUUUGGAGCCUGGAGAUAAACAGGGCUGGUGGCCACAGUCCACUCAUCACCCCCAGCACUUGGGUUGCUCUGUUCAGUGUCCCAAAUGGGUGACAUUUAACCCCGUGUGGUGCUUUGGGAACAGCCUUUCCCCAGUGAAAGCAGGGAAAAUCCUCCUCACUGCUCUCUUCCCAAUUCCUAUUAAGGACUUAAAGCAGGCUCCCACUUGUUGCUCCCUGGUUUUGUGUUAUUUCCCAAUUAAUGAUCUGUGUGAAGCUGCUGCCUCAGGGCAGUCCUGUGGGCUUCUGCCCACCCAGUAAAUCCCUGUUAAUGAGCAGAGUGUCCACAAUAUUCCGCUCCCAGCGCUGGAUUCAUUCUGAAAAUCCCAAGUAAUGGAGCUGUUUCUGAUACUGCUUUUUAUUUUCACUUUCAUUGUGUACAAAGUGCACAUUUGUGUUGAAGCUGAGCGUGUGUUGCUGGCUGUGGGGUCUGUCCCAGCUCUGUUCUGGCUGUGGCUGUUGCUGGUUUUAGAAUAUCAGACUUUAUUUUUCCUUUUAAAGAAACAAUACCUGCAUUGCUUUAAAAUGCUCUUCCUUUGGCUUAAUGUAGACCAUUUUGAAAUAAAUGUCCAGGAGAGACUUUGGGACAAAAAAAUGCUGGAUGGAAUUUGGAUUUGUGGUGACAUUCUCUGGGUUUGAAAAAAAAAAUGCAUU